AUGGCCACCCUCCCCAGUAACUUUAUCUGGGGCUUUGCUACAGCCGCGUACCAGAUCGAGGGUGCCGUCGAAAAGGACGGUCGCGGCCCAAGCGUAUGGGACACAUUCUGCAAAAAGCCCGGCAAGAUUGCGGGCGGAGAAUCCGGCGAGGUAGCGUGCGACUCGUACAACCGAACGGCCGACGACAUUGCGCUGCUCAAGUCCCUGGGAGCUAAGGCGUACCGGUUCUCGCUGUCAUGGACGCGUAUCAUCCCAAAGGGCGGGCGCUGCGACCCCGUCAACCAAGCGGGAAUCGACCACUACGCAAAGUUCUGCACCGACCUUCUCGCGGCGGGCAUAACGCCAUUCAUCACCCUAUCCCACUGGGACGUUCCCGAGGAGCUGGACCGGCGGUACGGAGGGCUGCUGAACCGAACCGAGUUCCCGCUCGACUUUGAGAACUUUGCACGGCUGUGCUUCCGGUCGUUCCCCCAGUGCAGGAACUGGAUCACCUUCAAUGAGCCGUGGUGCUCGGCUGUCCUGGGAUACAGCGUGGGAGUGUUCGCGCCCGGACGCACGUCGGACCGCCAGAGGAGCUCCGAGGGAGACAGCGCCACUGAGCCCUGGAUCGUGGGGCACAACCUGCUCGUCGCGCACGGGCGCGCCGUCAAGGCAUACCGCGACGACUACAAGGCCACCAACGGCGGAGAGAUUGGUAUCGUGCUGAACGGAGACGCUACGUACCCCUGGGACCCACGGCAACCUCUCGACGUCGAGGCUGCCCAGCGCAAGAUCGAGUUUACCAUCGGCUGGUUCGCCGAUCCCAUCUACCUGGGCGAGUACCCGGCAUCGAUGCGUGCACAGCUGGGCGACCGUCUGCCGGCGUUUACCGACGAGGAGCGCGCGCUGGUGAAAGGGUCCAACGACUUUUACGGCAUGAAUCACUACACGGCUGACUUUGUCCGACACCGUACCGGGACUGCCCCUCCCGAAGACUUCUCCGGAAACCUGGACACCUCCAAGACCAACAAGCGAGGCGAGGACAUCGGGCCCGAGACCCAGUGCCCCUGGCUGCGGCCCUGCGCCCCCGGAUUCCGCGACCUGAUGGGGUGGAUCAGCCGUCGGUACAGCUUCCCGAAGAUAUACGUCACCGAGUCAGGCACCAGUAUCAGAGGCGAGAGCGACUUGCCCCUCGAAAAGCUCCUCGAAGACGACUUGCGUCAUCAGUACUUCCAGGACUAUGUCAGGGCGCUGGCGAGUGCCCGAGUACUUGACGGGGUCGAUGUGUGUGGGUAUUUUGCCUGGUCCCUCCUCGACAAUUUCGAGUGGGCGGAGGGCUACGAGACGCGGUUUGGCGUGUGCUACGUCGACUAUGACGAUGAGCAAAGACGGUAUCCGAAGAAGAGUGCCAAGAGUCUGAAGCCGCUAUUUGAUAGUCUGAUUCGAAGGUGA